AAUUGAAUUUGAUUUUAUUCAAAACAACACAAAAACCACAUUUAUCUGGAAAAUACUAUUUAUAUGUGUCGAGUGUAUAUAUACAUAUAUUUCUGUUUUUAAACCCCAUAUCAACAGGAAAGAGUUAAACACUGUUUUACAUAUAUAUAUAUAUAUAUAUACAUAUACACACACACAUAUAUAUAUACAUAUGUAUUUGGUUGUUGAUGGGUUUUAAUUCUAACCAAAUUCAGAAUUUUACAAAUGAAAAAAAAUUGAAAUUGAAAUUUAAAAAAUAGAAACAAAAGACCACUUUGAAAUUCCCAUGGUAACAGCUCCAUCUAGUGACAUAUGAUUGAAAUAUUUUAUGUUUUAUACAAGACAUUCUUUUUCUAAAAUUCUUUAUUGUUUUACCAUUCUCUGUCUGUCUGUCUGUCCCUCUGCUACACCCACAAACGCACACGUACAUAACCUUCAAGUGGUGUAUAUUUGCACCGCUAGAGCAGUUAUCCACCUCUCGUUUGCAGCAAAAAUUGAUGUAACUUCACAUCUAAACGAACUCGUUAGAUUGGACUCCUCUUCAAUUAAUUUCUCAAUCAGACUCAUUUCUAUUUGAACUGUUUUACUUUUCAUUUUCUUUCUUUUUUUCUUUGUUCUUAGAAUUUUUCUUUUCUAUUUUUUUAAAAAUCUAAACCAUAUUCCUAAACAGAUAUCUUUUCGCAUCCUUCGGCUAAACCAGACUUUCAUCCGUUCGUCUCAUUAGUCUGCAACCAUAGCAACAACAACAAUAACAGACAACAAGAUGAAGAAGCCACCACAGUGUGAUAUAUGUGGGAAGAUCUUCUCCCGCCGUGACAACAUGGAGCGCCAUAAAAACCGUCAUCUGCACCGAGAGAUGUUUCCUUGUGACCUGUGUGGCCGGGCGUUCUCUCAAAAGUCCUACCUUAAACUCCACAAAAGGAUCCAUACUGGGGAGAGGCCGUUUGGCUGUAAUAUCUGCGGCCACGCCUUCUCACGAAAUGACCACCUUGUCAUCCACAUUCGCGGCCAUCAAGGCCUGAAGUUGUUCAAGUGUGACGUGUGCGGCAAAGCUUUCUCUCGGCGUUCUUAUUUGACUGUUCACGAGCGAAUACACACGGGCAAGCGGCCGUACCAGUGCCACGUGUGUGGCUGUGCUUUCUACCGUGGCGACCACCUUGUCCGACAUCGGAGGAAACAGCACGGGGAAGAGCCCGUGACGACCGUGUACGUGACGACAGCCAGUGACGGCAGCCAGACGGUGUACACGCAUGCCAACCCGGGUGACCUUCAACCCCAGCAACUCAACAUUCAGGUACAGAUGGACGGCCAGGAACUGAAGUGUAACAACAUUAUUAUUAACAGCAUCGGGGAAAAUAUUGAGACUGACCAGAAGAAUGCGACGUACACCGACUGCACCAUGUGCAACACUUCUUGUGGUGGGACGCAGUGCUGCAUCGAAGCGACGCAACAGCCAGAACAACAACAACAGGUGCAGCAAGUACAACAGAUACAACAGUCACCACAGCAACAACAACAACAACCACAGCAACCACAACCACAGCAACACAUUAUCACUGAUUGCAGUGGAAUAACAAAAAUGGUGAUUGGGGAGCAGAUUGAGACCCCGAUACAGUUUCAGAACUGUGCCACCAUUGAAGAGCCGAAGCCUUUUGCAUCAGUACAACGUGCAGUGUUGUGCAGCAGUGGUACAACUGCUGCUGACGGCACCACUACUGCAGUGACAACCGACAGCAAGCCGUCCGGCAGGACUGGUGCACCCGUAUUGCUCAAAUGUGAAUUCUGCAACAGAGCCUUUUCCCGACGCGACAACCUCGAGCGCCACAAGAGCUCGCACUCGGUCGUCAAACAAUUUGUCUGCAAGGAGUGCGGAAAAUCUUUCUCACGAAAAUCCUACCUGACUGUCCACAGCCGUAUCCACACGGGCGAGCGACCCUACAAAUGCGAGGUUUGCGGUUUCAUGUUUGCACGCAAGGACCACUUGUUGAAGCACCAGCGCAACAAGGACGGCGAACGUAAGCUAAACUGCAUUCCGCAACACCUGCAACAGCAGCAGCAGCAACAACAACAACAGCAGCAGCAGCAACAACAACAGCAGCAGACCAUCGAUACGAAGGACAUAGGCACCAAUGAAGCUAACAUCCUGACCGUGACCCAACAAAUGGCUCCGAUCACUGGUGAGGGCGGUACUGUCGUCGUGCCGGUCAGCAAUGUGCAAAGCUUGACCAACUCGAAAACACAGCAGAUCUACCACACAACCAUUGCAAAACUCGGCUCAACGACCACCGCCAUGCCCGUGUUCCCAUCGACCAUUGAAAUCUCACCUGCGACCACACAGAUCUUUCCUACCAUACAGAUGUAUGCUUCAACAUGCCUGAAUGUACCUCAGACUGUACGUAACAACACGCGGGACACAGCAUGGUGAAUUCGGCAGAAGAUGGUGAUCAAUAGUCAAUAAUAACAACAACAACAACAACAAUAAUAAUAAUAAUGAUAUUUCCACCCCUCCUCCCCAACUGUAUGCAAAAUGCAUGAGACUUGACAAGGUGCGUUAGACAACAAUGAUGGCUAAUAAUAAUAAUAAUACAAACA